GUUAAACGGUAUCUGGUAAUGUCACCUUGGUCGAUGUCAUGGAGUAAACAAUUUUUAAACUAAUCAAUUUUACAAUCAUGGAUAAUAAAAAGCAUGACCUUCCGGCGUCCCCACCCAAUUGGCUUACAACAUUAUUGGCAAUCAGGGCGAACGGCAAUCGUAGGGCACUGACUGGGUCAGUUCCUAUUCCCUAACCAAUACGAAUUCCUCGUUCUUUUCACAUACAGUUUUGUAUUGACAGGUCGUGCGUACCCGCCUUUCCGCUCAUCACAUUUAUCAAAUUUUCAAAUAACUAAAAGAAAUGGGUGACGUAGAAAAAGGAGCAAAAGUAUUCCAAACCAAAUGCUCUCAAUGCCACACUGUCGAAGCGGGCGGCAAACACAAAGUUGGACCUAACUUGCAUGGUUUGUUCGGUCGUAAAACCGGCCAAGCUGCAGGUUAUUCCUAUACUGAUGCCAAUAAACAAAAAGGUAUCACAUGGAAUGAACAAACAUUAUUCGAAUACUUAGAAAACCCAAAGAAAUAUAUACCUGGCACUAAAAUGGUGUUUGCCGGCAUUAAGAAAGUAGAUGAAAGAAACAAUGUUAUUGCUUAUUUGAAAAAAGCUACCGCGUAAUGUCAGUAUUUGUGACAAUACUAUAAUAGAUUAAAUUAUGAGUAAAAUCACGUUGUUA